AUGCCGUCUCCUGAUUUAUCCUUGUAUCAUGGCUCGACACCCCUCGCCAAUAAAGUUGCAGGUCAUCAAAAUGUCAUGUCGGACGAAUCUGGCUCGCUAGUGAUCAAGCCGGCUCUUCCUCGUGAAAUUGCUUUCUAUCACAUGCUUGGAUCUGCUCCGAGAUCGUCGGCCUUGGCUCAGUUGAAACCGUUUGUCGCUCAGUUUUACGGGACAUUACGGCUGGAAGGACAACUCGAUGGCCUUGGCGGGAUAUCGAAAGAGGGCAUCAAGGUCGGCGAAGUCCCCGAGAGUAUCGUGCUUGAGAAUCUCGCCCAUAACUACACACGACCUUGUGUUCUCGAUGCCAAGCUCGGGACCGAGCUCCAUGCGCCGGAUGCCUCGGAGGAGAAGAGAGCGAGGAUGGAAAAGCAAGCGAGAGAGACAACGAGUCAUGCGACGGGUCUAAGACUGACAGGAUGUCAGAUCUGGCACGCCCCUACCUCCUCGUAUAUUCUCACUCCUAAAUCGUAUGGCAAAUCUCUCACACCCUCUUCCCUUCCCGCCGGCAUCAUUCGAUUCUUCCCUCUUCCUACCGAUAAACUUGCUUCCCUCGUACUUCCUCUUUCGCCAAGUUCAGAUAAUGCCUCUACACCUUCUACCGGCGGCGGAGUCUCGCAUCUACCUUUGACACCUGCAGACCCGGCAUCCUUAGAGAAAUUGACCGCUCCAGGUCCCUCAGGAUCGUCUGAGAAAGUCCCGGGUCCCGAUUCGCCUACUGAGCCAGUGGAAUACACGUCUCACGCUAUCCCCCCGGCUCUACUGCUACGACUGCUCAGUGCGAUCGACGGGAAAAUGGCAGAAUUGGAACAUGUCAUCUCGAGACUUGAAGCAAGAUUCAUCGGAGCGAGCGCUUUGCUGGUAUACGAGGGAGAUCCUGAGAGGCUGGAAGACGCGCUGAAUAGAUAUGAUGAGAGGCAAAAGGCCUUGUCAGUCGCUGCGCAAGGAAGAGGACCAGGUCAAUCCGUUAAGGACGCAGACUUAGAGGGGGAUGAUGAGGAAGAGGAAGAGGAAGAGGAAGAAGAAGACGACGAGCUGGAGGACGACUACGACUCGUCCACAUCAUCUGACGAUGAUUCGCAAGAUGGACAGAGGGCAGAUGCUCGUCGAGCGAGACGAUGUCCUCCGUUCACAUUGAAGAUGAUUGACUUUGCGCACACGAGGCUUGUACAAGGAGAAGGGCGAGACGAGGGCGUCUUGUUAGGUCUAAGGACCUUGAGAGGGUUGAUUCAGGGGAGAAUAGGCCAAGUCAACGCCGACAUGGGGAGACAAGGGGCAUCUCCGUGA